AUGCGUCCAAUAAUCUUCUUCUCCAAAAUGGAUUUUAGUCAGAGCAAUUUAUUUGGCUACAUAGAAGACCUGCAGGAACUAACUAUUAUAGAGAGGCCCGUACGCAGGAGCCUGAAGACACCAGAAGAAAUAGAAAGACUGACAGUUGAUGAAGAACUCAGUGAUAUUGAAAGGGCUGUUUAUCUGCUCAGUUCUGGCCAGGAUAUCCAAGGAACGAGUGUGGUGGCAAAUCUUCCAGUCCUGAUGCGACAGAAUCCUGCAGAAACACUUCGUCGGGUUUUACCGAAAAUCAGAGAGGUGCUGCACGUUGCAGGAGUGGAAAUGCAGUUAACAGCUGCUGUUUCGUUUUUGACUGUUCUGCAAGAGGAGUCAGUGUCCAUUCAUACGUACUCCCACUCCUUCCUACACAUCAUUCUCCAGAACCUGGAACACAGAGAUGCAGGUGUCAGCAGUGCAUGGCUAGAAACUCUUCUUGCUGUAAUAGAAGCUUUACCAAAAGAGACUAUCAGACAUGAGAUCCUGAAUCCACUUGUUUCCAAAGCACAACUUUCUCAAACGCUUCAGUCCCGCUUAGUUAGUUGUAAAAUCAUGGGAAAAUUAGCUAACAAAUUUGAAGCUCAUAUUAUUAAAAGAGAGAUUCUUCCUCUGGUAAAAUCACUGUGUCAAGAUGUGGAGUAUGAAGUGAGAACUUGCAUGUGUCGGCAACUGGAACAUAUAGCUCAAGGAAUAGGGACAGAACUAACAAAAACUGUGGUGCUUCCUGAAUUAGUAGAACUGGCAAGAGAUGAGGGCAGUAGUGUACGCCUUGCAGCUUUUGAGACAUUAGUGAAUCUGCUUGAUAUGUUUGAUGCAGAUGAUAGGAGUCAAACCGUGCUCCCCUUAGUGAAAUCAUUCUGUGAAAAAUCCUUCAAAGCAGAUGAAUCUAUCCUAGUUUCUUUAUCUUUCCAUUUAGGGAAACUGUGUAAUGGAUUAUAUGGCAUUUUUACUCCUGAACAGCACUUACGGUUUUUGGAAUUUUAUAAGAAACUUUCCACACUGGGUUUACAGCAGGAAAAUGGACACAAUGAUAAUCAACUGCAACUUCAAACUCUGGAACAGGAAAAGAAGUAUGUUUCAGUGAGGAAGAACUGUGCUUACAAUUUUCCAGCCAUGAUUGUUUUUGUGGAUCCAAAGAACUUCCAUUUAGAACUAUAUUCUAUAUUCUUCUGCCUUUGUCAUGACCCUGAAGUUCCCGUCAGAUACACUAUGGCCAUAAGCUUCUAUGAAGUUGCUAAGCUUUUAAAUUCUGGUGUCUAUACAAUACAUAAAGAACUGGUUACACUACUGCAGGAUGAGUCGCUGGAGGUGUUAGAUGCCCUGGUAGGUCACCUUCCUGAAAUCCUUGAACUAAUGACUAAUGGAGGAGAAAACAGUGGAUCAGAAAGCAAGUUAUUGUCUAUUCCUGACUUGAUUCCUGCAUUAACAACAGCAGAACAGAGAGCAGCAACUUCUUUAAAGUGGAGAACUCAUGAGAAGUUACUACAAAAAUAUGCGUGUCUUCCUCAUAUCAUAUCAAGUGAUCAGAUUUAUUACCGUUUUCUUCACAGAAUGUUGACAAUCAUUUUGACAAAUAAUGUCCUGCCCGUCCAAAAAGCAGCUGCUCGAACUCUCUGUGUUUAUUUGCGUUAUAAUCGCAAACAAGAACAGAGGCAUGAGGUUAUUCAGAAGCUGAUUGAACAACUGGGCCAAGGAAAAAGUUACUGGAACAGACUUCGUUUUUUAGAUACUUGUGAAUUCAUUAUGGAACUGUUUUCAAAAUCAUUCUUCUGUAAAUACUUCUUUCUACCUGUCCUUGAACUUACACAUGAUCCAGUGGCAAAUGUGAGAAUGAAGCUUUGCUAUUUGUUGCCAAAAGUUAAAUCUACUCUGAAGAUUCCCACUGAUAAACAUUUACUUCAGCAGUUGGAAUUAUGUAUACGGAAACUUUUGUGUCAAGAGAAAGAUAAAGAUGUCCUGACUAUUGUAAAAAGAACAGUGUUAGAAUUGGACAGAAUGGAGAUCUCUGUAGAUGCUUUUCAGAAAAGAUUUUACGAAAAUGAUUUAUUGGAUCAAGAAAAAGAGAGACAAGAACAGCUCCUUUUGGAAAUGGAACAAUUAGAAAAAGGGAAGCAGCAAAAUGAUGGAAGAUCUACAAGUAUUAAUGAUAAAAUAUUUGAAAAGAAGCGUAGAGACAGUAAAACAUCAUCAGUGUUGGCAAAAAGUAUCACACUCUCUGUUCCCGGAAGCUCUUCUGCUACAUCAGCAGGCAAAGAAGACAAAAAAUCCAAGUUGGUUCGAAGCCAGUCUUUCAGUACUCAAGCACUACAUCCAAAAUACAGCAACAUAGACAAGUGUCCUAAUAAGAGCUCUGCUACAGGAUAUACAUCUUCAGUAUCAGGAAUGGGAAAGAGUUGUAUGUUAUCCUUUAGUGAUGAUUCCUUCAGGACUCAUUCUUCUGGUAAUAGUGGGAAUGCGGCCUUCCCUUCCAGUUCUUCUCGCAACUUAUUUAACUCAGCUGACCAAAAGAACGGUGGAAAUAAGGAGAGUCAGUCCCGAAAGAUGAGCAUAAAAAACAGAAAAUCAAACUCUUAG